UGAAAGAAUCGUGGCUAUCUCCUCGCCAUGAAUUUCAUAGCUGCCCCUGGAUGAACUACGCCUUUUGGAGGUUCUCUUGCGGGAAUUUUAUUCAUACUCGAGAUGCCUGAACACACGGCAGAGCAGGAUCCAUCCUCUCUACGGCCGCGAUACAAUCCGAUAAUUAACGUCACCAACUCGGAUCCAGUGCUAGUAGAAGAACACCUCCAGAAUAAGAAACACAUCUUCCUCAGCCGCCCUCUCUUCGGAGCUCUCUUAUUCGAGAACGUCGCCUCCGAUGCUCGAGAUCACUGCGCAAAUGAACGCACAUUCCUCUCCUGGCUCCGGCUAUCCAUGUACCUCGCCGUUGUCUCGAUAGCGAUCAUCAUCUCGUUCCACUUCCGCUCUCAGCCAACGGGUCUUGAACGCCGCCUGGCCCUUCCGCUGGGAAUUGUCUUCUGGGUUCUGAGCCUGGCUUGUCUUGUGAACGGGUUCGGGAACUAUAUCCGGACAGUGGUGAAAUAUAGUCGGAAGGCGGCCCUGGUGCAGAGUGGGUGGAGAACGCAGCUGACAUUUACUGUGGUUGGAGUGGUUAUUUUCGCCUGCUGUAUCUUGUUUAUUGUCACUGGAGCGGAGACUCGACGUUAGCUGCAGCCGGCAUCUUUUAUAGGUGCACGAUUCGAUGCUCGUCAUUCGUAGCUUUUAUGGCCUCCAAGGCGAUUAAGGGUUGCCCAUAAACGGCAAAGUAAGGACAUUGUCGAGUUCUGUAAACUCAAAAGAAUAUCAAUUGGCUCCUUAUCGAGGAAUCAUGUUAUAAAGUGGACUGGCUC